UCUGUAGUAACGCAACAUGAACUACAUUUCCUAUAAGGCGUCGCGGUGUUUGACGUCAUUCAUCCGCGCAGAGCUGAGGUGGCGUUCGAGAGGAGGUUGUUUCCCGGCUGCUCACCUGAAGUCCUCCCUCACCAUGACCAAACUUCUGGAGUGGCUGUUCGGCGUGUCGCUGGUGGGCGCAGUCUGGGCUCUGGUCACGUUCGACCUGUUGGACCUGAGCCUGCCGCAGACGUACAGGGAGGUCGCCUGGCCGAUGCCCCUGUACCUGCUGGUGUCCUUUGGCUGCUACUCCCUGGCCACGGUGGGGUACAGAGUGGCCACGUUCAAUGACUGCGACGAGGCAGCGAGAGAGCUGCAGGAGCAGAUAAAGGAAGCCAAAGAGGACUUGAGGAAAAAGGGAUUAAAGAUGUAGAACUUGAAGACUGUGUAGAAACUUUAGAGGCUGAGAGGGAGGCAUGGACCACUUUCACACACAACCAAGUGUCUGCACUUGUCAAAAACUGAGGGUCUCUUGUUUUGGAUUUGAAUUGUUUUGUUUCUAGGAGACUUUAGGCGAAUAGUCCAUCAGUUUGUUUUAACACAGUGACAUGUCUUUUCAGAUUAGAUAAUGAUCAGACAUGCAUCAGGAAAUUAAAAAUGAACGACCCAGUGGAUGAUUUUCUUGGUUAGUUUACAUUCUCACCAUCUAAAGACCUCGUCUGUAAAGUUACUGAAUGAUACUUAUAAUCUGUCUGUUUGUAGCAGGUGGUUUUACUGAUGAAAGAUCAAGACACAUGGUGUUGUCUUUGGUUGCAAGCUACAUGCACUUAAAAAUCACCCAUGGGAGUCACUGGUAUGCAAAAUUAUCAUCUGUAACCAGUUGCCAAUCACUCAAACGCCAGCAAAUGAACCCCAGAGGUCACACUGGAGCCGUCUGACUAUAGAAGUGUUUCCUCUGAGAAUUCUUUCAAUCUGCGUCAUCUCCGCACAGUGUGAACCCUGUUGUGUGUGUGUGUGUGUGUGUGUCUGGAGAUCGUUGCUUGUCAAUAGAGACGGACUAGAUUGUAUCUGAAUGAAGUGUACAUUCCAUUGUUCAGACAUGUGGCCCGUGGCUGAUGUUGGGACUUAAUUAAACAGGAUUCUAUUUUUCUUCAGUUU